AUGGCGACACGUCCAGCUCUCCCCUAUUUUGCCCCCCCAGACCAGCUCCCGGCCCCGCUGCCCACCGUUGCCGAGAUCCUGGCCUCGACACAAUGGAUGACACGGUGGACCGGCGAGCCACUCCCUCACGUCGUCCGUGUCGGAGAACACUUUGUUGCCAAAUUCGGGCCGGGGAUCCGCCUCCGGGAAGGCGAAAACAUGCUCUUCGUGCAGCAGUCUACCAGCAUCCUCGUUCCGACCGUCUAUGCCCUUUUCCACGAUGACGCGACGGGGAACAACUUCAUCAUCAUGGAAUACGUCCCCGGUCAGGGCUUAGACAAGUAUUGGAAAACAGCCGAUCACAGCGGCAAGGAGGCGGUCGUAAAACAACUACGACGUUACUUUGACGAACUCCGCAGUAUCCCAUCACCCGGCUAUUUCGGCGGCUUAUGGCGACAGCCUAUCCUCGACCUCACUGCUACAGGUUUCAAUGAGGCCCUUGAGAAGGGCGAUGUGCUGCCAUGCGAAACGCAAGAGCAGUAUAUCGACAUUACGCUCCAAAACGCCAAUGCCAGAUUCCCCAAGAAAAAUCGCUGGCACCUCGAGUUUAGGAAGCAUAUGUUCCAUUCGGUCUUCCGAGGCCGUGACUCUGUCUUCACACAUGGCGACUGCCAUCCGUCUAACUUCUUUGUCCGCCACGACAACACGAUGGUCUUGAUCGACUGGCAGUGGGCGAGCUGGUGUCCGAGCUACGCGGAAUAUUGCAGCGCAAUGACAUCUUGUGAUGAAGAGACCGAUUGGGCUCUGUGGAUACCACGUUUCCUUGAUGAACAUAUUGCUGAGUUGGGUUGGAUGUUCCAUCUCCUCGCGUGGCUCAGGUACGAUGGGUUCUAA